CAGCAGUGAGGCGCUGCUUCUUCAACGACAGCUGCAUUUGAACUUUACUCAUGUUUACUAGAUUACCUUUUCCUGCAGACUGUUAAACACACCGUUUCUCUCUCCAUCAAACUCUCAAUCUGACUAGCGUUGCUAACUUGUUACCAGCUAGCAUGCUAAGCUAGCUCCUACAGCCCGAGGUCGAUGCUCCCAGAUGUGGUGGAUGACUUCACGAUGAAGAACCCGCCCUGCAGAGACCUGGAGCCGCUGUUCUUCUCCUGUUAUGCUUUCUGCAGUAAGCUGGCAGGAGGCUUGUCUGUGGGCAUCUCCACCCUGAUAUUACAGUUUGUGGGUGACAGAGCGGGUGCGUGUCAUCACGAGGGGGGGGUGGCGACAGCUCUCAUCGUGAUGUUCUCCCCGGUGCCCGUCGCUCUGCUGCUGAUCGGGAUGUUCUUCUUCCACUCGUACCCCAUCAAUGAGAGGACGUGUCUGCAGGAACAACUGACCCCAGAUCACCCUGAAGCCUCAUCACCACCAGACCUGAGAGAGGACUCAGAGCAGCUGCCAUCAAUGUCACAUUAUAACACAAGUUACAAUCCAAACUCAUCAGCUGGUCCUGAAAAACAAUCCUCAGUCAAAUCAUCCGGACGUUCACAUGUAUCAUCAGAAAACAGCAGGUCUAAAUCAGUUCUUAAAUCAAAUGUAAAUCCUCAGAGUCAAACCUCACCGCAGAGAUCAGGAGACGAGAAACGGAGCAGGAAUGUUCCUGAAAAGAAUCCCAGAACUUCCUCCAGCAGGUCACACGUGAGACCCAAAAUAUCCUGGGUAUAGUGAGACACAUUGAAGCAGAGAUGUUUUAGAAAAGAGACACUACUCUGGGAUCUGAAUCUAACACUGAAUACUUUAUUUUUAACUCUAUUCUUAUACAUUUUCUAUUUUUAAUGUCCUCUGCAAAAUGUCUGCACCUGUUCUUGCUCAAAUAAACAACCGUUGUCAUUCAUGGUGCUGUUAUAUUAUGCUAAUAUUCUGUAUGCUUUGUUUCACUGAUGAAAGGCUGAUGUAUCUUUGGCUCAGAUUGCACAAAAAAAUAAUAUGAUGUUGGAUGAUACAAAAACUGUGGUUAAUGUAAAUGUAGUUCAAUUGUUCAAAUUGCAUGUUCUCAAUACCAUGACAGUUUUAUUUCUCUCAGAAAUGAACAAAAACAAGCACAAGUGGUCACUCAGGAAUUAAGGUAUACAAUUGUUGGGCUUUUUAACUUUUGCACAAUUUAAUUAAUUCUUUGUCAAUUUCAUAUUAAGAAAAGCAAUAAAUACGGCGGACAUUUUGA